AUGUCUGAGUCCCAGAAGAGCCCACCGCACUGGAUCGAUCACGAACGCACGUCCAUCUCCUCGGGGGCGGCCGGCGCACAGAGUUUCCACUUGGAGCAACGCCAGCCCGCGUUGAGAGUUCUCGUGUCUCAGCAACCUGCUACGGUUGCCCCUUUCGUUAGUGUUGUCGGUCUUCUCAAGCUGGUCAACUUUCGAGUCGCUACGGAUGUCGUACCUCGCUUCCAUCCGAUCCGUCGCCCUGGUUGCAUUGGGUGUACUCAACCUCAAACACUCGUACCCUACGACUCCUCGACCCCUCAACAACAAUUCAACCACUUGAACCCUUCCCAAGCACUCGAUCUCGUCAAGCUCCCGCCUAUUCCCAACCGGGAUACGAUUGGCACCAUUGCCGAACCGCGCAGCCCCCUAAAACAUCCGGAUCGACGCCAUGGCGAAGUGGACCCCAGCGCUUGCGCGGAAUCUGGAACCCGCCCGCUUCCACAGCAUUGCUGGGCAUCGCGAUUGGUGCUUGGGUUAACCAAGUGCCCGUAG